GGGGGGAAAGGGGAAAAAAAAAGAAAAGAAAAGAAAACAACAAUAAAAGAGGAAAAAAAAAAAGACAAGGAAAGAAAGCAAAACAACCCAAGCCGACCCCAAACCCCCUGAAGCGGAGGCGAGCGGCGGGGCUGCUGCUCGGCGGCUGCUUGGACACCCCCGGUUGGGAAGCGGCGGGACCCGGUUUCUUUCUCCGGUAACCCGGUCGGGUCGGACACAAAGUGCUGUCCAGCUGGAAUGAAUAUAUCUGAGUCUAACUACUGCCGAGAGGAGAUAUCGCAACCCCGGGGCGACUGUUCAUGGGUCACCGCCGCCGUGCCGGCCGCUGAGCCCGGGCUCGCCUUCCCUCGCCCCCCGGGCGCCGCCUCCCCCGCCAGCCGCACGCCCAGCCCCGAGCCCGGCUUCGCCUUCGGCCCCGCUCCCGGCGGCGCGGCCCCCGCUGCGGCCCCCGCCGCGGCCCCCAGCCGCUCGCCCAGCCCCGAACCGGGCUAUGGAUACAGCCCUCCGGCGGGCCGGGCCGAGGGCAAGGCCGGCGAGGACUCCCGCAUCCGCCGGCCCAUGAACGCCUUCAUGGUCUGGGCGAAGGAUGAGCGCAAGCGGCUGGCGCAGCAGAACCCCGACCUGCACAACGCCGUGCUCAGCAAGAUGCUGGGCCAGUCGUGGAAGGCGCUGAGCGCCAGCGACAAGCGUCCCUUCGUGGAAGAGGCGGAGCGGCUGCGGAUCCAGCACCUCCAGGAUCACCCCAACUACAAGUACCGCCCGAGGAGAAAGAAGCAAGCCAAGAAAAUCAAGAGGAUGGAACCCAAUAUCCUCCUGCAUAACCUUUCCCAGCCUUGCAGUGACAACUUCAGCAUGAGUCACCAUGGCGGCAGCCAGCCGGGCCACCCCCAGCCUCCCCCACUUAACCACUUCAGAGAACUCCACUCCAUGGGGUCGGAUAUUGAAAACUAUGGCUUGCCAACUCCUGAGAUGUCUCCCUUGGAUGUCUUGGAACAGACCGAGCCGGCGUUUUUCCCCCCUCACAUGCAGGAUGACUGCAGCAUGAUGCCCUUUCGUGGCUACCACCACCAUCACCAGAUGGAGUUUCCCCAGGAGAAGUGCAUGGGGCGGGACGUGGCCGUGCCCUAUGCUCAGACCCCCUCACACUUGGCCGACGCCAUGAGGACUCCCCAUCCCUCCAGCAUAUACUACAACCAGAUGUGCUCAGGAACUCAGAACGGGCUUUCUGCCCACCUGGGCCAGCUCUCACCCCCGCCUGAAGCCCACCACAUGGAGAGCGUGGAUCACUUGAACCAAACCGAGCUGUGGACAGACGUUGACCGCAACGAGUUUGACCAAUAUUUGAACAUGAGCAGGACUCGUCCCGACGCCUCGGGACUCCCUUACCAUGUCUCCCUGUCCAAAGUGACUCCUAGGAGCAUCUCCUGUGAGGAGAGCAGCUUGAUAUCAGCCCUGUCCGAUGCCAGCAGCGCUGUUUACUAUAGCCCCUGCAUCACCGGUUAGGUCGGUGCCACCACCCAGUGCCCUCACGUGGGAGAGCCCCAGCUCUCCCCUCCCAACAAAAAGCCAUCCUCCUUUAACCACAAGCUCCAUAAUAUUUAGAGUAUCUCAUUAAAUGCCUUGCUUGCUUUCUCUGUUUGGUUUUGUUUGUUUGUUUGUUUUCUUUUGAAGGUUUCUGGGGGGGUUGCCUCUGCGGAGCCCCACGCUGAACUCACUGAUACGCCAUAGAACGAUGUAACACAGAUGAUAGUCGCCUUGUCCCAGCGCUUCCCUGCCCUCCAGCCCUUGGCAGGGUCUACCCACAACUCCCACCACCUCCAGGGGGCAUUUCGAAGCCAAUCCCAGUAAAUCCUGCCUGAAACAACUGCUUCCAGGAUGAGCCAAAAC